AUUGAUAACGAAGAAUCAAAUCCCCCCUUGAUAUCUCUGCAAAAUGUUGUAGAAACCGAUCCGUCGGACGUGUCCGACUGUUCAUUUAAAGAUUCCGAUUUUGAAAUCGACUCCGGUGACCUACUCGAUAGUGGGACUGGGAGCGAUGAUCAGGAGGAUUUGGCUACUGAAAGCGAAAUUGUUGAGGAGGAUUUUGAUCUCGUGAAUUCCAAAAAGAAAAAACAACCAAACGUUAUCAUUUUACAAGACAUUCAAAUUAAAAAACCGGAAGUAAAUGUGUUGCAGGUUAGCAGGUCCAUAGCCAGCCAUUUAAAAGAAACAAAACGUUUGAAAACUCGAUUUGUGAAGUGUAUUUUUUGCGAGGAAGACACAAUCUCUAAGAAUUUUAUGCGCCAUUUGAUGAGGCGACAUUCCAGCGAAGUGGAAGUAAAAAAAAUUUUGAGAGAGCCUUUGAAUAGUAAAGCGAGGAAAGGUGCAUUAGCAGCAUUACGAAAGGAGACUCACUUCGAACGAUAUCUCUGCGGUGAUAUUCUGCCCGCACGUAGAAAAUUUGACGACGAGAAAUCAAGGAAAAAUCCGGAGUCUCUGCAUUAUCCAUGCACAUUUUGUAAAGGUUUGUACAAAAAAUCUUAUCUGAGAAGGCAUGUGAAAUUAUGCUCUUCUAAAUCUGUAAAACACGAGGAAAUUGCUUCCAAUGCUGUCUCAAAAUCACAAACAUUCACUGCUUGCAAUCUGGACCAAACAAAUACGGUAAAUCGACUGGAGGUGAAAGAAAAAGUGUUCGAUAUGAUGAGAGGAGAUGAAAUUGCAUUUGCAGCAAAAAAAGAUUUGUUAAUAACAUGUUUUGGGAACUCCUAUCUAAAGAAACACAAACAGGAGAAAAGUACAUAUACGUGUAGCAAUAAAAUGAGAGAAUUUGGGAGAUUACUUACAGAAUGCCGCAAGCUUAUCAAAAAACCAAAACUAGAGAUACAAAAUUUACUUCGUCCUACUUAUUUUGACACUAUUGUAACUGCAGUGAGAAGUUUAGCUGGCUACGAUCCCAUCAAAAAAAGUUUUGCUGCACCUAGCCUGGCAUUGCAUUUUGGAGGAAACUUAAAAAUUUUUUGUGAUGAGCUCUACUACUUAAUUCUAAAAGAUACGAAAGGUUUUAAAUCGAGCACGCACAGUAAUAAAAUUGCUGCAUUGAAGGAUGUCAAGAACAUGAAACAAAUAAUUAUAUCCAGGUGGAACAUUGAAUUGUCUUCUUUAGCAAACAAAGAUUUACAUGAAAAAAAAUGGAAUAAGCCACUAUUAAUUCCAUUGGUGUCUGAUAUCAAGCUUUUUAGAGAGCAAACCUAUGAAAUUGCCAGGAGAUGUGCUUCAGCUUUUAAGGAAGGCCAACAUACAGAGGUUGACUACAAAACUCUUGUGCGAUGUGUCCUAUCAUUACUAAUAAUUUUUUAUAGAAGACGAAUUUGUGAUGUACAGUAUAUGAAAAUAUCAGACUACAAAAAUGAGCAAAAAAGUAACUUCAAAGAUUUUGAAGAAGCGUUAUCCACAACUGAAAAAGUCUUAGCAACACGUUACAGGAGGGUGCUCAAUAGUGGACACAAGGUGAAGUGGGGAAGAGGAGAUUUAGCUAUUAGAAACCUCGCUAAACGAAUGCCCUUGCAAAACCCAGCUGCCUUUACUAGUAAUCGUCUAAGAAAACAAAUUGCCACGGUCAUGCAAAUCUUGAGUCUAUCGAAAGACGAUAUCAAACAGUUUUCUAAUUUCAUGGGUCAUACGGUUAAGACUCAUGAAGAGUUUUACGAACUUCCUGUAGAUGUUUAUCAGACAGCAAAAGUGUCAAAACUUUUGCUGAUGAUCGAAAACGGAGUACCUGUGGAACAUAAGGGAAAAUCCUUAUCAGAGAUCGAUAUCGAUUUCAAAUUUGCUGAAGAAAACGAUCUGGGAGGAUUAAAAAGCCAUUAUGACGACGGGGUUCGUGCUGAAGAAGUUGAUGAAGAUAUGGAAAUAGAGGACAUGUGUAAAGAACGGUUAAACGAACAGAAGUCAAAUUGUUCACCGAAUGAAGAGAAACUGUGUAUAACAAAACCGAGAAAAGUUUUGACCAAGGAAAGUGAAAUGGAAGAUUUUACAGAAGGGAAUAUAGAAAGAUGUUUUCAGGAAGAAGAUGAAACUGAGAAAAAGGACAAAUGUGAAUUUGGUCGAGCCGGGAAUAACAAAACAGGAGAAUCAAAUCGAACCGGGAAUAGAAAAAUGAGAUGGUCUACAAAAGAGGUGUCUCUGUUAAAAACAACGUUCCACAAAUAUUUAGCCAAAAACAUUUAUCCUACGACGGAUGAAAUUAGAAAGUUUUUGGAUAAAAAUAAUAUUUCAAGAGAAACAUGUUUCUGGCCUAAAAGGAUGAAUAAAGGAGAAUCUUGGUGGGAGAAAAGCGGCAACUACGCUGGAAGCCUCAACGUACGGUUGAGGUCAUAG